UUGCCUGUCAGACCGCGGUGAGGGCUGAAUCCUCGCGUGUCUGUAUUGACGUACAGUCGGUAUGUGAAGCAUGGCUGUUGAAGGAGAAAAGAAACCCGUGCUGGAGAUGGUCCAGGCCGAUGGGGCUGAUGAAGGGUGUGUGACAUUUGUGCUGCAUGAGGAAGACCAUACACUGGGCAAUUCCCUCAGAUAUAUGAUUAUGAAGACCGUGGAUGUGGAUUUUUGUGGCUACACCAUCACCCAUCCGUCCGAGAGCAAGAUCAACUUUCGCAUUCAAACAAGAGGGGGGAUUCCGGCUACGGAGCCGCUGCGGAGGGGCCUGAAUGAGCUCAGUGAUGUUUGUCAACACGUCCUCAACACCUUUCAGGCAAGAGUUAAUGAGUUCAAAGAGAGGCAGGAGCAGCCGAUGGAAUGAGGAGCAUCACGUAUGUUUGACUGUGAAGCUGCCAGACACAGCGUCUACAAACAAACUAAAGAUGUGUGAUCGUGAUAUGUCCCUUUUUUAUAUAUAUAUAUAUAUUGUAUAAGAUAGCUCUCGAAAUGGUUUGAUCAUGUCACAUUCACACACUUGUACAGUUUUUCUUUUUUCAUAGUAUGUUUUGGAUUGAUGUGGUAUGCAUGUGUUUGGAAUGAUUAGAGGAAUACUUUUAAGACAUUAAACUCAGUCAAAGAAUA